AGUUCGAAAUCAUGACAAAUUUAGAUGGUAAUCUUCAUCACAACCAAGAACAAAUAGAGUGCAUACAUCAGCAACAGGAAAAUUGUUUCCAGGAAUUACAGCAUCAGUUGAAUUCCCAGUUAUGUGCUGUCGCACAGCAUACAAGUUUCACAACACAAACUACCAUACAGCAACAACCAACACCAGCAGCAACAAUCGUGCCAUUUUUACCUGCAUUUUUAAGACCUCCUCCCCCACCACCUUCGUCGCAUCUAGCGGCGGCAGCUAGCAACCUUCCCGCAGUAUUGCAUACACACGCCCUCCAUGCCUCGCAACAUAACAAGAUGACAAUGCAACCGAUGUGGUCUACGGCUGCUGUAGCAGCAGCGCAUUUACAGGCCGCAUUGGCAGUAGCGGCAGUUGCAGUCAACAAUGACUCCAACAAUACCAAUAACGACGUCGAGCAAGCGAAUAAGAUGACUAACAAUAAUAAUUCAACAACUGUUGAGAAUGGGUCAAUGUUGCCGCAUGAAUAUGGCAUUGGAAGCAAGAACGUGUUACAUAGCCUAGGUUCGGAAUUAAACUUUGUUGAUGUGGUGGCUAGUACGACUACACCGCCUUCCACACCUUUAUAUAAUGUAAAUAACAAUAAUAAUGAUAAUAACAACAAUAGCGAAUGCCCUUCGCCAGCGCCUUGUUCUCCAGAUGAUGUCAUUGAAAACAUGCAGGUCGAUACAUCAUCCAUGGAUGACGAUAACGAUCUUAUGUCUAGCUCAAAUGGAUUCAAUAGCCCGAGAUCUAACUCCAAUUGUUCAGCUCAGGAGGAUGUUGUUUUAACAAGUAAAGAGGAGUCCUUGGAUGAUGAGGAUGGCACAGAUGCUCCCUUGAACUUGUCAAAACCAAAGUAUUCAUCAAGAUCAUCUAUUGAUGCGGCUAUUAACAGCGCCAUUUUAAUAAAGCGAGAAGAUGAUCGCCUGACUCCUGUUUCAAACUGUGAUUCUCCAUUGCAUUGGCAAUCAUCUUCGUCAUCAAACGCUGAUACAAAUUUUGUUUCCAUCCACGUUUGGAAUAACCCAGAAACUCAUGAACCCGAUACGAUAGCACCUUUUAAUAACAUUGAAAAUAUAUCGGUUACACGAGUUGCUCGUAAUAGUCGGGAUUCCACCAGUACAUGUACUGGAAAACGAAUUGCGGACAAAUUUAGCCCUGCUGUUCAUCAGGAACUUAAGCCGGCUAGUAGAGCUAAACAAGCAGAUUCACCUGCUACGUUCUUAACACAAGAUAUCCAUUCCAAUCUACGUGAAAGUUGCAGCAAUAACCGGGACACCAGUAGCAAUCAUGGGCAUGGUCAUGGCCACGGACACGGCUAUCACAGCAAGCAACAUAUAAAACGACCCAUGAAUGCCUUCAUGGUUUGGGCUAAGGAUGAGCGUCGGAAAAUUCUUAAAGCAUGCCCCGACAUGCAUAAUUCGAAUAUAUCGAAAAUAUUGGGAGCCCGCUGGAAAGCCAUGUCAAAUGCCGAUAAACAGCCCUAUUACGAAGAACAGUCUCGUCUUUCAAAACUCCACAUGGAACAACAUCCAGACUACAGAUAUCGACCUAGGCCAAAGCGCACAUGCAUUGUAGAUGGCAAAAAAAUGAGAAUUUCCGAAUACAAAGUCCUUAUGCGUAACAGACGAGCAGAGAUGCGACAAUUGUGGUGCCGCGGCACAGGCUCUCCCGGUGCGAAUAUUCCAGGUUCCGCACGACCACCCUGUCAUCAUUCUCCCGAAUGCGAAAAUGAAGUGCAAGCAGCAGUUACCGCUGCCUAUCAACUACAGGACAUGGGUCAAGCAGUAGCCGUUGCAGCAGCCGCUGCUGCAGUAGCAGCUGGCAUUAAUAAAAUGGAAGAAUGCAACUCUAAUUUAAUAGAUCGUGCCACUCCAACUACAAGCAGUAGCAAUAGCAAUUACUAUCCCGCUGAAAGUAUAUCAGAGUCGGAAUUUGCAAAUGAGAGUAAUGCAAUUGGUUUUGAAUCUCGCGAUGACGACUGAGUGGAUCAAUAUUAUUCUGAAAUUAUUUAACAUACGUAUUAUGAAAUUAUAGUUAUUUAAGAGUAGCAUAAACAGCAGCAGAACCGGCAGCAACAAUAGUAUAACAUUUUUUAAUAAUGACACAAAUACACACAAACCUACAUUAUACAAUACACAAAUACACGUUUCAAAUAAACACAUUAACAUACAUAAAUUAAAGCGUUGAGUUCCAUACAAAUUUGUUAAAAACAAAAACAAAUUACAAGUAACGCAACGCUCAACGCUUUAAUUUAGGUAUGGCCGUAAGUAAUUUUUUCCGAUUUACCUUUUGUAAAGGGCUGAACCGCAAUUUUAAAAAACAAAUCGAAAUAACCCUUGGUAUAAUAUUUCAACGCUGAAAAUUUUAGUCAAAUCGAAUUAUAGCUUAUCGGAUA